AUGGCCUUUUGUGAAAUUGUUGUAAAAAAUCAAUUAGAAUUCUUUCAACCAUAUUUGAAACCUUUUACUAUACAACAACAUCAAGAAUUUCCGACAGAAUUUCCGAACAAGGUUUUAAAUUUAGACCUUAAAGUUGAAUUAAAAGAUAAUAUUGUUCCUAUUCAAAGUUCUAUACAAAAUUUUAUUUGGACAGAAGAUGAUGUUUUUACAUUUGACCAAUAUUUGCGACGCCGAGUUAUACAUUUGGAAAGAAUGAUCAAUGACUUAGACAAUAAUACGAAUAAAUAUAUUUCUCUUGCAAAAUAUAAAAGCGAAACAGACAAAAAUAAUGACCGAAUAAAGUAUUCUGAAUUGAACGAAGUGAAAAUAAAUGAGAAUGUUGCUGAAAAUGAAAUUACAUUAACAGAACCAUCAUAUUUGAAAUCUUUGAUGAAUGAGAUUCAAAAUAAAAUCGAUCUAAAAAUUAAUUUGUUACAAGCACAUCUUUUAGAAAUACUUGAGAAGCAAGUAUUUAAAAAGAAUAGAAAUAAAAUUGACAUAAAAAUCAAUUCAUUGGAAAAAAAAAUUCAAGCGCAUGAGAUUCAAAAUAAAGUCUUCUGCUUAAAUUUAUUUAAAGAGAUCCAAAGUGAAAUUGACAAAAAAAUCAAUUUACUGGUUCAAGGAUUACAAGCACAAGAAAUUCAAGAUGAAAUCAACACAAAUCUAGUAAUUAAAGAGAUUCAAAAUGAAAUUGAUUUAAUAAUCAAUACAUUAAAUCAAAAAUUAUCUGCGAACGUUUUAGUAAAGCACGAAUUUAGCAAAUUGAACAAGAAAAUUCAAGUUAUCGAACAAAAUAUUGAACAAGAACUUCACAACCUAAAAAAUUAUAUAGUGUUUACGUUAAUAGAAAUAAUUCUGAAUAAGUCAAAAUGA